AUGGAAAAAAAAAAUCUUCCUUCCACAACUGGCAUACCUUCCUUCAAAANGUUAGAAUUACUUAAUCAGCUUGAUGGUUUUAGCAGUGAUGACAGGAUUAAGGUGAUAGCAGCAACAAAUCGUGCAGAUAUUCUUGACCCCGCCCUUAUGCGUUCUGGUCGAUUGGAUCGUAAAAUUGAGUUUCCACACCCAAGUGAAGAAGCAAGAGCCCGUAUUCUCCAGAUCCAUUCAAGGAAGAUGAAUGUUCAUCCAGAUGUGAACUUUGAAGAACUCGCACGGUCCACGGAUGAUUUCAAUGGAGCACAACUGAAGGCUGUCUGUGUUGAGGCUGGCAUGUUGGCUCUACGCCGUGACGCAACUGAGGUGAACCAUGAGGACUUUAAUGAAGGUAUUAUUCAAGUCCAAGCAAAGAAGAAAGCAAGCCUGAAUUAUUAUGCAUAGGCGGGAUGUGGAACAAGCUAUUUUUCAGUUUACAGCGAUCUAUUGAGAUAUCUCGAGCCAAUGGAAAACCUAUGUGGAUGUUUGGCAUUUAUUAUCUUUCUCUUAUUCUUUUGUCAAUUUGUAGCCGUAUGAUAUAAACCUAUAGCAUGCUAUAAUCAUCGUAUCUUUUAAAAAUA